UCUCCACCUACCUUUCUUCUCAAUUCGCUCUGCAAAUUCAAUCCCACCAACGAAUUCCAACUCUUUCUGUGGCUUUUGUUCUUGUAUGGCAGCAGCUCACCUGUAUCCGUACGUCGUGGCCGACCUCUGCCUGGGCAAGCCGCCGCUGCCGUCCCUCCCGGCCACCGCCACCGUCGCCGACGCCAUCGCCGCCCUCAAGUCCGUCCAGGAUAACUGCAUCAGUGUCUGGAGCUGCGACCACUCCUCUUCCCGGAGGAACUGCACCUGCGUCGGAAAAUUGUGUAUGGUCGACGUCGUUUGCUUUCUUUGCCAGAAAGAUAAUUUGGAUUCGCCGGCGGUAGCUCUCAAGUCUCCCGUCUCUGUUUUAUUGCCCAAAUCCGAAGGCCUCGUCAGGCACGUCGAACCCUCAACGAGCUUGGUGGAAGCCAUUGAUUUGAUUCUGCAAGGAGCUCAGAAUCUGGUGAUUCCGAUCAAGACAAGUUCCCGGCGAAAGCAUCUCCCGAAAUCGCCGCCGUCGCCGUUGAUUUUCCCGACGACUCACAACGGCCAGGAAUUCUGCUGGCUAACGCCGGAGGACAUCGUCCGUUUCCUCCUCGGCUCCAUCGGACAGUUUUCCCCACUCCCGACGCUCUCCAUCGACGCCCUCGGCAUCAUCACCGACGACUUCGAAGCCGCCGACUACCACUCGCCGGCGUCUUCCGCCGUCGGCGCGAUUUCCCGGUCCCUCGCGCGGCAGACGUCGGUGGCCGUAGUGGACGCCGGCGGGAUGCUGAUCGGCGAAAUCUCCCCCUCCACGCUCGCCUGCUGCGACGAGACGGUCUCCGCUGCGAUCCUGACGCUCUCCACCGGCGACCUGAUGGCUUACAUUGACUGCGGCGGCCCGCCGGAGGAAAUCGUGAGGCUGGUGGAGGAACGGCUGAAGGCGAAGAAGCUGGAGGGGAUGGUGGAGGAGUUCGUAUUGGGUCCGUACAGCAGCAAUUCGGCGUCGUCCGACGAGGAUCUACCGUCGCCGACGACGCCGCUGGCGCGGGCGGGUCGGGUCGGGCGUUCCGGAAGCGGGUAUUCGGCCCGGAUGGUGCGGCGGGCGGAGGCGAUGGUGUGCCAUCGAUGGAGCUCGCUAGUGGCGGUGAUGAUUCAGGCGAUCGCCCACCGCGUGAGCUAUGUGUGGGUCAUUGAAGACGACGACUGUACUCUUCUCGGAAUCGUCACUUUCCCCAAAAUGCUUCAAAUUUUCCGACAGCAUUUGAAGCCAAUCAUCUGACACAUAUACAUACAUAUAUAUAGAGAGAGAGAGAGAGAGUCACAUUAUUUAUGUGAUGAGAGAGAGAGAGGCCCAUUGAGGCCCAUUGGCAUUGUGAAUAGGAGUGAGUGAGGCUGUGCUUUAUUUCUAUUGUUUUUUUUUUUUUUCCGAAAAUGGUCUAUGCUUUUGUUUGCAUAUUUGGAUUGUAAUUUUGAGUGA